AUGAAUCACAUUCCCGAUCUCCGCUGGGAGCAAUUACGAGCCGUGAGCCUUUCCCUCCCUCCCAUUCAGUGCGAACGUUCUUCCAGAUCGAAGCCGAUCUUCUGUCGCCACCUCCCGCGGAUCCAUUCCAAUGCUUUCCGACGGGUUGGAAGCGCGCCACUGCACACAUUGAGCACGUCCGCGAGGUGUCCGCCACGCCGCCGCCUCCGCGGGAGCCGUUCCAAAUCAGAAGAGUGCUCCGUCGGACUCCGCAACGCGCCAUGCCCAUCCCGGACGCUCGGCCGCUGCGACAGUUGAACGGACACGCGCAUAGAGCCAUUCAAGUUCAGAGACAGCAGCGCAACCAGAAUCAGGAUCAGAAUGAGGAUAACGGAGAGGAGAACGUGCCGCCGGCGGAAGAGCGACGCCGUCGGCGUGCCCUUUCGCCCACGCAGAUGCCGGGCGUGCAUGCCAUCCCGAAGGACUUCAAUCGCUUCUUCAGAGGCCUUCUCUCGCCCGGAGAAUACUUCGCCAAGUGAGAAAAAUGUUGUCUGCAUAACGCUGAUUCAAGAUUCUUUUUCAGAUCGCGGACCCGCUACCUCGGACCGUUCGAAGCAAUGCCGAAUCAGGACACGUUGCCCGCCGACGACAACUACAUCAUCCUUCAGGUCAGGCUUCCGUUCUUUCAUCCUCCCGAAAUGUGUUCAUUUUCAGAGAAUGGGACGUUUUCCAGACAGCGGCAAGUCGAUAUUCCGUCAAGUCGGCAACCUCUCCACGUGA